CGGCGAAUAAUUAGCCGGACACGCCGAUGAGAACCUCCGAUCAGACACCCGGCUUUUGUAUGCUUUUGUUAGUGUGGCCGCACUGUUUGGGGAACCAUGCCAAUCCUGUCUCGGAAAAUUAGGUUCCGGUGUAAAGAAGUGUGGCAGGGAAUAGGACCCAAGAUCGCAGCUUGAAUCUAUUACUCACUUUUUUCGCCUUUGACUUUUCUUUUUGAAAAAAUCUGUGAAUGUGCUGAGCCCUGCCGGUUCGGUCCAGCAACGGCUCGAGCGCUGCGCGGCAGCUCGGGACUUCGACGGGCGCCAUGGCCUAUCGCCCCGGUGGUGUGCCGUUGGGAGGAGACAGGUUCGACAGGUCUGACAUCAUCCAGGUCCCCGGCGGGCCUGCGCCCUGGGGACAGGUGGUGCGCAGGGACGACAGUGACGACGAGGUUGAUCUGGGUUCCACUGUCUCGGCUGCGGGGACGCGCUUUCACUUCGGAGACUUUGAUGUGGAUUCCGUUUGCCAAAGCCGUGCUGGCAAGAUCGGCGGUGGAUGCUGCUGCUGCCUCUUCCUGGUUCUGCUCAUUAUGCUUCUAUCCUCCUUUAAAGGCCUGCAUGCCACUCACUUUGGGAUCCUGCGAAAUUCUUUGACCGGCGUUGUCAGCUAUGGUGCUACCUACCAGGGUGGCCGGAACUUUAUUGGCUUCUGGAACGACUACUUGAUUUUCCCUGCAACUAUACAGUCAAUCGAGUGGCUUCCGGGGGUGCCGCAGAUGUCCAGCAUCAGGGAUCUCUCCCCCAUGAACGUCCGAACUGCGGACGGACUGAUGGUGGAACUGGGCAUCGUGACGCAAUACCAAGUGGUGCGAGAUAAGAUCCCGGACAUCUAUCAGACGUACAAGACGGACUAUGAAGGCUUCUUCAUUUCCAACCUGCGCAGUGCUUUGCAGGCCACCGUAGCAGAAUUCAAAGCCACGGAACUGUACACCAAGAGACCACAGGUAGCAGAGAGCCUGGAGAAGACCUGCAGGAAGGUGUGCCAAGAGAACCUCCAAGGCUUCCUCACCUGCUGGGGUAUCCAGCUUCUAACGGUGAGCCUUGAUCCAAGGAUCGAAUCAGCCAAUGUGCAACAACAGGUGGAGAUGCAGAAGCAGGCCACUGAGUCCAUGAAGCAGAAGGCAGCCUUGAUCCGUGCAAAGACCACGGUCCUGGAGGCUGACUUUGACAGGCAGGUGAAGCUGGUGAAUGUGGAGGCGGAUGCCGCCGCUGUGAACAUCACCAGGAAGGCAAAGGCGGAUGCCGAGUACAACUUGCAGCAGGCCCGCGCAGACGUUUUGACGACCAUCCAGAACACUGUGAAGAAUGGCUUUGCACCUCUCAGCAGCCAAGAGCUCCUGCAAUACUUGGAAUCCAAUGCAUUGAUCGAGAAUACGGCUGGAGCCAUGAUCUACGGAGACUUUGCUUCGGCGACCGUCUUCGCCAACGGCGACAACAGCAAGAUGAAGAGCUCCCAAGAGCUCUGAAAGUGAAACACGCGAGAAGCAGUUCUCGAAAUGGGAGACCCAUGGAAGGGAAGGUCUUCGCAUUGCGGUCGGCCAUUGAAGUCGGGCCAAAGUUGCCCAGUUCAUUUCUGUCAACGUUUCAGCGAAUUCAUUUUCCUUAUGAAAGCUGAGCAAAGAAGUGCCAGAGGGUCGAUUCACCAGUGGAGCAUGCAGGUCAUGCCACGGGAUCAAUCCAAAGGCUACACACGACACACGACGUGUUUGUGUUGGAACUGGAAUGUCAACUUCAACCUAGUUCCAGGGGCUUCAUUCUGUUUGACACUUGUGGCGCUACUCAGCUGCCGUUUUGGAAUUUUGGUUGGCAGCUUGCAGCUACGUCAAAACU